AUGUGUUUACGAAGUGAUUCAGAGAGAUGGUUUCGUAACCAGACAAAUCCAAAUUCAAAUUUUGUGAAAUGGGUUGCUCGCUAUGGUCCACAUAUCAAUGCCGUAUGUGUAGUUGUACUUCCAGUUCUUUUGGUUGUGAUCUCCAAUGCAAUGCUUAUCUACACGAUAAGACAAAGACAAAAGCAUUUUAUCACACAAAGCUCGAUCAAAUCCGAUUCUCAUCUUUCCGGUUCACAGUCACGCACUGAGCACAAAGUGACUAGGACUGUUUGUGCCAUUGUGACAUGCUUUACUAUCACACAGGGUCCUUCUGCUGUCAUUGCUGUUAUGGCAGUAUAUUAUCCCGAACAACACGCAUCUAUGAUAGCCGUGGGUCCUUCUGCUGUCAUUGCUGUUAUGGCAGUAUAUUAUCCCAAACAACACGCAUCUAUGAUAGCCGUGGUGAGUCAUUGA